UCGUUCCAUGCGGCAUGGCCAUUCACCUUCAAUCGACCUGUGCUUGUUAUUCAGUCGAGUCAUUUUGCGGCCUAUUUUCGUCAUCAUAACAACUAUAAUCAAACAAUUUUACAUGCAUUACCAACAAGUAACUUCGUCGCCACCUCACUUCACUCACCAAAAGAAACCUAGCAGGCAGCAAGUGACAGUAAUAGGGACGAACCGAUUUGUUAUUGCUACUGUGAAAUCCGACUUUUCUAUCCUGCCCUGUACAUUUUGUAUAGUAUUGCAGUGUGUUUUUUUGGUUUGUUUACAUUUUGAUAAUUUUGAAGACCUCAAGGAUUGUGUUUGAAUUUGAACCAUCCAUGAUGACGGAUGAAAAGUAUAAGCCUGUAAAUUUAGUGACCAAUGGUGACAUGAUGCAGGCUGAUGUACCGGUGGAGACGGUGAAAGUUGACCAUUCUGAGGAGGGUGUUCGACGCGAGCAAUGGAAUAACAAAGCUGAGUUUAUCUUGAGUUGUAUCGGCUAUGCUGUCGGUUUGGGCAAUGUGUGGAGAUUCCCCUAUCUCUGUUAUAAAAAUGGAGGAGGAGCCUUUCUCAUCCCGUAUGCGAUCUGUCUCCUGGCAGCUGGAGUCCCUCUCUUCUUCAUGGAGGUCGCUCUGGGACAGUUCAUGAGUCGGGGAGGAAUUGGUGUGUGGAAGAUAUGUCCGCUUUUCCAAGGUAUUGGUGUAGCCAGCGUAGUCUUGGUGUUCCUUGAGACCUUGUACUACAUCGUCAUCCUCGCCUGGGCACUCUAUUACCUCGCCAUGUCAUUCCAGGCCGAGUUGCCCUGGUCACACUGCAACAACAGUUGGAAUACGCCCAGAUGUAAAGUGUCAUUUCGAUCAUCCGUAAACUGUACCCAAGGAGGCGGCGCGAUGAACUUGACCUGCACAGAUCUCGUCAAUGUUUCAUAUGUUGCUAAGGCAAAUGUGACGACAGUCGACCCCGUCAUUGAGUUUUGGGAGAGGAAGAUUCUUCAGAUCUCCUCUGGUAUUGACGAGCCAGGUACCAUUGUGUGGGAGCUAGCUCUAGCGCUGUUCGUCGCCUGGGUUAUCUGUUACUUCUGUGUCUGGAAGGGUGUCAAGUCGACGGGAAAGGUGGUCUACUUCACUGCCACAUUCCCAUAUGUCGUGAUCACGAUCUUGUUGAUUCGUGGUGCCACCCUAGAUGGCGCUGCCGAAGGCGUGUUAUACUAUUUGAAACCAGACUUCGCACUUCUCGGAAAGCCACAGGUUUGGAUUGAUGCCGGUACACAGAUAUUCUAUUCCUAUGCAAUCGGUCUUGGCGCUUUGACGGCGCUUGGUAGCUACAACAAAUUUAACAAUAACUGCUACAAGGAUUGCAUCUUCAUCUGCUGCGUGAACAGCUUCACAAGCUUGUACUCUGGCUUUGCCAUCUUCUCGGUGCUAGGCUUUAUGGCCAAAGAGCAAAAUGUUGACAUCGCGUACGUCGCAGAGUCAGGUCCAGGUCUGGCAUUCAUCGCCUACCCGAAGGCCAUCACCCAGAUGCCAGUCGCCCCGCUAUGGGCGGUGCUAUUUUUCUUUAUGGUUCUCUUGCUUGGCCUCGAUAGCCAGUUUGUGAUGUGUGAGGCGUUCAUCACAUUUGUCCUUGACCUUUUCCCGCAACAGAUGCGGAAAGGAUACAGACGCGAGAUUUUUAUAGCUAUUUACUUCUUCGUAGCCUUCCUUGGAGGGUUAACCAUGAUCACCAAUGGGGGCAUGUAUGUCUUCCAGCUGUUUGAUUACUAUGCCGCCAGUGGCAUGAGUUUACUGUGGAUAGUCUUCUUCGAGGUGCUAGUCGUUGGAUGGGUUUAUGGUGCUGGUCGUUUUUACAAAAAUAUUGAGUUGAUGAUUGGAUAUUCUAUCUUACCCUGGCUCAAGAUUUGUUGGUGGCUAUUUACUCCUUUAGUUGUUGUGGGCAUCUUUAUGUUCAACAUAAUUCAGUUUGAAGUCUUGACGUACAACAAAACGUACCACUACCCACCUUGGGCGACGGGCCUAGGUAUCUGCUUAGCUUCCGUGUCCAUGAUUCAGAUCCCUCUGUACCUGGUCUACAAGGUGGCGCGGACUCCAGGGACUUUGACAGAGCGUUUUGCACGGUUAGUCGCCCCAGAUAUACCAAAAGAUGUCAGGUGGAACAUGAAAAACUCGAACGAUUGCUCACUAUCCACUGAUAGUGACGAAUUCAUCCCAACGAAACAGCCCUCAAUUCUCAUCAAAGUGGAAAUGGCGCCCUUUAAGAGCCCGGAACAAGAACUGUUCAUUGAUAACCAAUCACAGAAGGGGUGCAGGUGACACCAUGAUGUCAUAGGUCCGUGUAGUUUGCUGGCAACAGUCAUUGCGAUAUCGGGAAAGAUGUGAUGCGUCCAAGCUGGCUUCAUCAGAGCGAUUUCAGCGGAGUGAAUUUUUAGAAUUAUUGCAUGUAUAAGCUGAUCGGAUGAGCCAGGCUAAUUGUGUACUGUCAGUCUAAUUAGUUUACCAUGUUAAUAAUGGUACAGCUCUUGAUUUAUUACAACUUUCUGAAAACUCAUUGGUAGAAGCUCUCCUCGAGGUUUGCUUGAAGAUUGGCUUCCGAUAAGUUUCAAAUGUGACUGUUGCUGUUCAGCAACUGUAAGAAGGUGGACAUUUUCAAUGAGUGGCUUAAAAUUUGUUGACUUGAAAUGGCUUAUCUGUGGUAGUUUGGCUGUAAUUAAUUGAUGACUUGCGUCAGCUGAAGUUGUAUUUAUAAUAAUGUAUUGGACAAGGAAAAAGGGAUGAACAGCCUUGUGUAUGG